UACGCCGUUUUUACUUUGUCAUCUUUUCAACAUCAGGUGGCAAUGACCGUAGAGCUUAAAAAUCAAAAUGGAAUUUGUUUAUAGACCAACGAAGUAUGAAGUUGAGAUAAUGUGGAGCCAAGUGGUUACUUCGUAUGGCACGAAUCAUUUUAGUGACCAGGAAUGGCAGGAAAUCUUUGUAGAUUUCUGCAAAUGCCUCACAUGCGAUACAGAUCCCUACAUUGGCAUGGACAAGGUGGGUGAAGUGGCCAAUGAUCUGAUGAGUUCGGGAGCACAAUAUGCAAUUACCCCACGACCGCUGCUGCGCUCAGCAACAUCAGUUGGACCAUUUUCUUGCAAUCCACCAACGCAGCCGCAAUAUGUGAGUUGGCGUGAGCAGCGAAUGGCAAAUCAUUCCAUAUGCACGGUACAGCCAAUGCAACAACGGCGUUAUCCUUCGGUGCGCCAUGAGAGCGUGUUACUUAACACGCCAAGUGCUUAUGAGGCGAUGCAAUUUAAGCCCACCGUAUCGAAUGCUGAUUUUUUUAAGAUACCGGCUUCAUUGCCGGAGCGGCAAAUUCCACCAGUAUCACAACAACGAGCACAGCGACAAGCGUUACAUCCACAACAACGCUAUCAAAGUGCACAGCAACUUCAGCAGCAACAGCAACAUCAGAAAUUACAACAACAGCUUUCGCUGCGCCAGCAGCAAAAGCAACAGCAAUUGGCAAAUCCGACACAACAAAAAACCGCUCAUGCAACUCCUGCAUACUCUAAUCAACCGUCGCCCAAAAAGCCCCGCAUGGAUUCAUAUCAACAGAGCAUGACCAGCAAUCAGCUUAAUGAGGUGGAUCGUCGUAAUGCUGUAAACUAUGGACCGAAAUCUGAUGGAGGUAAGAUGACCAAGAUUCUAAAUGAUCCACUUGAGGAUUGGCUGAAGAAUUAUCCUGAUAAAACCGCCAGCGAGUUGACCACCCAUGUUGGAGAUACCGAUAAGUUUUUUGAUAACUUGCCCAGUUUAUCUACAUUGCUGGAGCCAACACCAUCGCUGGAAGUUCUGCAAAAUCCAGUGGUGUUUGAAAAACCGGCUUCAAUUGCUGUCGCUGUUGAUGUGGAUAAUGGGGGCAAUGACAAGAAGAAAUCCAAAAAGAAGAAGUCCAAGCAGUCGAAAAAUUAAAAAGAAAGAGGUCGAAUUUCAAACAAAAACUAAAAAAACAGAAAAAAAUUACAAAAAUAAUAUUCACACAUAAGAAACUGUAUCAAAAAAGAAGGAAAACAAAUAACAAAUCAUAUUAGCACAUAACAAAUAAAAAUAUUAAAAAAUUGAUUGUCAACAAAACGGCAUCAAAAACAAUCAAAUAUACAAAUCAGUUCUAUUCAGGCCGGAUUAUAAUAUAAAUACACGAAAUAAUUAGAAAUCAACACAAAAACGAAAAUACUACCAAGCACACACAAAAAUUAUGUACCAGGAAAUUAAAACUAUGAUCGAUGUUUCCAUUUUUAAUGGGAACGCAAAUGAUAAAUAAACGGAUACCAACAACUUAUUAAACAACAUAUAAA